CGGAUGUAAACAAACCAUGGCAGACGAACACAAGGCCGGAGAAGCCAGCAAGAGUAAGGAAAUAUCUCAAAAGAAAGAAGAUGAUAAAUUCAGAUAUACAGCUGCAGCCUUUCUCACGGGCGUUGCUGGGGCAUCCAUGCUUGGAGGCUUCGGCAUGACGUUAGGAAUGGCCAAGAAGAAAGACCCGCACAUGUUUAACAAGGGCAUGAUGGGAGCACGGGAAUUACACGAGGCAGGUGGAGCCCUAGCCAUGAGAGCUUUGGGGUGGGGAACAUUUUAUGCUGUGACUGGCUUUUCCAUCUUCUGCUUCUGUGCAUGGAAAUUGACGGGUUCGAAGGAUCUACAAGACUUCCGGAUGAAGGCAGGAAGUAUACUCCCCAGAAUACCUAAAAAUAAUCCGCCUCAGAGUAGAACAGAAUUUGAAGGACUGACGGACCUCCUACAGUACUUAAUUAAUGAAGACGAAAGAAAGAAACAGGAACAGAUGAAAACAAAACUGGCGGGACCAGAUUAAGAUUAUUUGCAUUUAUGUUUUUGGCCCAAAUGGUUGUACUGUAUGUUGUAAAUAAUAUACUUUAAUUUAUCAUUA